AUUGGUUAAAAUGUAUCAGAAGUUAGCAACACCAACAUUUGUAAAUGUCAGAAAGAUGGAAAUGGAAAAAAACAAUGUGAGUGAUAAGUGAAAAUAUGGCAAAAUCUAAAAGUUAAUCAUUAAUAAGAGCAAAAUUAGGCAUAUCAUUUAUUAUUAGUGUUUUCAAGCUUCGUAAUAAAUAAGAAAAUGACCCACGUCGAAAAACGUCGUACUCGCCCUGGUAAAGAGGCAAUUCAUUCUGGACAUUUUAUGGUAUCACAAUUCGAAGCUGAAGAACAGGAUGAUUUUGAUGACCUAGCUGUUCCGAUUCCUGAUGAAGAACAAAACGUUCCCAAAGAAUCUGCAGUUGCCACUUACACAUUACCCACAUCCUCGGAGAUAUUUCAGCACUCUGAUAAAGAAGAUAAUAAACAACAUCAACAACUUUCUAUUGAAAUAUCACUUACAAAAUUGUUUAAAUGUAUGACUUUGGCGUAUAGACAAAAACUAACGUCUCCGAAAUGGAAUCGGUUUAAAGGUAUAAAACUACGGUGGAAGGACAAAAUAAGAUUGAACAACGUCAUCUGGAGAUGCUGGCACAUGCAAUUUAUAAAGAAACAAAACACUUUAAUCUGUCAGUUUGCAUCUCCGUUGGAUGUUGACACGCACGUUAAACCAGAGACAACAAUAUUAGAAGGCAAAUAUUGGAAAAGAAGAGCCGAAGCUGUAAUAGCGGAAUAUAAAAAAUGGCGCAUGUUUCAUAUUAUGAGACUUUUGGGCAAGGGGGACACCUCUGUUCAGGAUUCGAUGUCGGACAUGGACACAGUCGAGUCUCAGUGCAGCGACUUCGCUGCCAACAUGCUCACCGAUGAGGACUACCUCAACUUCAUGAGUGACACACUGUUUUCGACCAUUACAAACCACCAACCUUUCGCAUUUCCAGAUUGCAGGGAAAUUGCCAGAGGUGCAAGUUUAGCUGAUUUCAUUCAACCAAGCUUAGGUCCUCUGCAACCAAAUCUCGACGACUUUAUGGACACUCUUGAACCGCUUCAAGGUAUAAUAUAUCUUCUGUCAUCAACUCGCUUACCACCGGUACCCGAAGAGACGACAAUUUCUGCCGAAGAUCCAUUAUAUAGAAGUGGAAUGUCAGUAGAUGCUUAUAAUCCAACGAAUUAUAUUGCUGACACACAAAAUAAUACAACAGUCACAAUGCCUACCAGCCAGAUGACUAUUCAUGGAACUAACAAUAAUACCCAAAUGAUGUCGAUGCCUGAACAGACAAAAAAUGAUCAGUUGCGAGUAUACAACGGAAGAUUGUUCGUUUCGUCGGAUUUAUCUAACAAUAUCCUCGGGGCACAGGAGAUGUGUCCUGCAUUCCCUCAAAAUACGUACGAACAGCAACCCGACCAGAUACCCGGAAACUUGUAUGGGAGCAAGUCACCUCGUGUGCAAUUUGUAAAUACACAGAAUAAAAUUAUUACUCAACAGGAUUCAGGUUAUCCCAAAUAUAACUCUGCUCUUCCCCCUUCGCAGACUGCGCCAGAAACGGUAUCUUUGCUACAGCAGCCGGUUCAGAACUCUAAAUAUGCGUCUACGUUAGUGAUACAAGGAAGGAGUGGAUACAAUAGAGAGAAACCACGUUCACGGCUAGGCCACUACUCGAGCCAGAUGUCGAAUAAUCAGUACCAGGGUUACUCGCAACCCAUGCAAAACCCAGUGCACGCGCCGCCUCAGAACUUUGAGGUGCGGCCUUCCGUCCGACAGUCUCCGCCUCAGUUGCAGUAUCUGCAGCCGAACCCCGUCGACUACAAGACGAAAAGUUCUCCGACCGCCGUUAACACGCGGUCUUUUAAACUACCCUCGCCACCUCUAGUUCCAGUGACGACACAGCAGGUACAGGUUGCGGUGGGUGUAGGCGCCGUGGGCGGACUGGGGGCGGGCGGCCGCAACCAGGAGCAGUACCGCUCGCACAGCCUGCCGCUGGGCGCGCAGCUCGGCGCCGACUGGGCGGUGAGCACGCCCGCGCACGCGGGCUCGCACGACGCCGCCGGCGGCCACGCGCCGAGGGCUCGCGAGGUGACUCCCGGAGCGAUUCGCAUCCGGUCGAGGUCGACGUCGAGCGGCGCGGCGGGGGAGGGCGCGGGCGCUCGCCGGCCGCCGCCGCUGACCAGCGUGGCCUCCGAGCCCACGCUACCGCAGGCCAGCGUCAUGCUGGCUCAACUGCUCUCCGCGCAGCACUCUCAAAGUUUGUACAAAUUAAACAGUAGCGUAGACGAUGGUGUCGGGAUUAAUGAUCCCAUGAAGUCCCCCAUUCUGAAAGGACAGCCUUCGCCUAUAGGCAGCGAUAUCAUAUCACCGCACCAUUCGCUGUCGCCGCCGGGCUCGCCGGGCUCGGAGCGCGAGGCGCGCGAGGCGCGGCGCACGCACCUGCACGCCGAGCAGAAGCGCCGCUACAACAUCAAGAACGGCUUCGACACGCUGCAGGCGCUCAUCCCGCACCUCAACACCAACCCCGCCGCGAAGAUUAGUAAAGCUGCGAUGCUGCAGAAGGGAGCAGAGUACAUUAAGCAAUUAAAAGCAGAGCGGAAUCAAAUAAAAGAAGAAAUGGAAAGCUUACGACAGCAGAUCGAAUGUUUAAACAAUUCAAUUUCCAACUGCCACUCGCUGCUGCCGGCCACGGGCGCGCCGGUGUCGCGCGGGCGCGCCGGCCGCCUGCGCGAGAUGUUCGCCGCGCACGUGGCCGCGCGCACCGCGCACAACUGGAAGUACUGGCUCUUCAGCGUAGUGAGCGCGGCGCUGGUGGAGUCGUUCAGCGCGUGCGUGUCGUGCAGCAGCGCCGCCGACCUCGUGCGCACCACGCUGCUGUGGGCCGAGCAGCACUGCUCCCUCGUCGAGAUGCGCCCCGCUGUGUUAAACUCGCUACGAGUGCUCUGCACGACGACGGAUAUCCUGACGAGUCCGGAGCGGCUCGCGGACGAGGCGCGCGCCGCGGCCGCCGCCGCCGGCGUCAAGCGCGAGCCCACGUAG